AUGUUGCUUCCAAUUUUCGGCCACCAGUCGGAACCAGAAGGCCCUACAAAGGGCCACAAGAAAUCCCGAAACCUUAAAACCAGAAUACAAUCAUUCCUAUCCAACCUUACUCCAAUCCGUCGAACUCUAGUCUUCGUAGUAAUCCUUUUCCAUGUGUUCCUCCUCUGGUACUCCCUAUCUCUAUUCCCUCGAGCACCGACGAAAUUCCAAGCCGGAGAAUCUAGGAUAGUAGUAAAUAUCCCGUCGAAAACUUACGGCCGCUUACCAAAUAAAGGCAAAUCAAAUAUCCCAUCAAAAACUUACGGCAGCUUGCCAAACAAAGGCGUAUCAAAUGUCUCACCGGCAACUCAUCAUGGCAGCUUGACAAAAAAAGGCGUAUUAAACAUCUCACCGGAAACUCACGGAAGCUUGGCAAAGGAAGGCGUGUCAAAUAUCUCCUCGACAACUCACGGCAGCUUGUCAAACAAAGGCGUAUUAAAUACCUCACCGGAAACUCACGGCGGCUUGGGAAAGGAAGGCGUGUUAAAUAUCUCCUCGACAACCUAUGGCAGCUUGCCAAACAAAGGCUGUGAUUCUGGUAGGGUUUACGUCUACGAUCUUCCCACGAUGUUCAACUACGAUAUCAUGAACAAUUGCACCGAAAUAGAGCCGCGGGCCGACAAAUGUGACAAGAAUUUGAACGACGGUCUCGGACCAGUGGCGAGAGAGUUUGCCGGAAUGCUACCGGAGAGUAUUAUCCCUGCGUUUUACUGGACGGACAUGUAUUGGGGCGAGGUGAUAUUCCACAAUCGGAUGCUGAAUCACAAGUGCCGAACGCUAGAGCCGGAAUCCGCUACGGCGUUCUACAUACCUUUUUAUGCUGGGCUCCGUCUGAGAAAAUACUUGUUUGACAAUCACACCGCAGGAGAGCGCGAUUGGCAUCCUGAGAUGCUGGUCAAGUGGCUCCAGGAACAGAAAUGGUGGAAGAGAUCCAACGGCUCCGACCAUUUCAUCAUGUUUGGACGGAUGACAUGGGAUUUCCGGCGGAGGGGAGGCGGUGACGCCGACUGGGGGACCAGAUUCCUCCUCAUGCCGGCGAUGCAGAACGUCAUCCGUGUAUCCGUCGAGCGUAGCAUUUGGGACGACCUAGAAAUCGCUGUACCCUACCCGUCAAUAUUCCACCCUAGGUCAGAAUCCGAUAUCAUAGAAUUGCAAGAGUUCGUCAGGAGCCACCGCCGGAACCACCUUUUCACCUUCGUCGGCGGCGGUCGGUCUAAGAUCAAGAACGAUUUCCGAGCGGUUUUAAAGAGCAAGUGCCUCAACGAGUCAAGCGUGUGCCGCCACGUCGACUGCUCCUUGAACAACUGCGUCGACGGGAAGACAGAGGUCAUGGCGGCGUUCCUCGAUUCCGAUUUCUGUCUCCAGCCGAAGGGGGACGGGCUGACGAGGCGGUCGGUUUUCGACUGCAUGGUCGCCGGAUCGAUCCCGGUUUUCUUCUGGAGAGGGACGGCUUACUUGCAGUACGAGUUCUCAAUCAUGCCAGAUGAACCGGAGAGUUACUCGGUUUUUAUAGACCACGGCGACGUGCGUAACGGAACGGAUAUAAGGAGAGUGUUAGAAAGUUAUGGGAGGGAGGAAAUCGAAAGGAUGAGAGAGAAAGUGAUAGAGUAUAUACCGAGAUUUAUGUAUGCAAGACCGAGUCGGGGGCUGGAAAAAACAAGAGAUGCUUUUGAUAUUGCUAUUGAUGGGGUGUUGAGAAAAUACAAGGAUCACAUGGAGAGUGGUAGUAGGAUUGGAACGAAAUAUGAGUGA